UGUGGGCUAUAUUACACUAACUUCAUAACUUUGAGCUUCUAACAUGCGUUUUAGGCGUGUGAGGAUCAAUACUGAAAAUGGCGGAGGAUAGUUUUAAUUUUCAAAACGCAGUAUUAAAACAAAGACGCAGUAUUCUAAACAUAGCUUGAAAGUAAACCGAGCAACAGUCCCACCGGAGGAGCUUUUUUUUCUGAAGUGUAUACUCUCAUUGUACUGCAUUGAGGAUCCACAAUCACGCUUCGUAUCCACUGACGCGCAGCUGGAGUGACACUUCACCACGUUCAUUCGCGCUCAGCUCUCCAGCUUCCACUUCUUCUUAAAGUUUUCGACCGCGCGUCACAGGGGGGAAAGAUGGCUUUUCGGCACGGAUAUCUAAGACUAUAGGAUUUAAGGAGCUUGAGUGGUUAAGGGCACCUCUAAAGUGUACAUUUCAUUCGUAUGUCAUUUAAUUUUACCCCCAUUUCCAUGGCGACAACACGGCGCGGUCAUCGAUAAGCGCUCUGUACUAAGUACGCGAGGGAUUUUGUUGUCUACCUGGGGAGACUGGAAAUCUGGAUUAACAGAUGAACUGGAAUGGCUAACUAACGCGUUUCUCUUUUUGGGCUGCUGUGGACGGAUUUACACCCCGAGAACUGUGCAGAUGAAAAUGGUUGUGUGUGGAUGCUGGAGGAGGUGUGUGGUGAUGGGUCUCAGACUGCUGUUUCUUCUCCCGGCAGGUUUGCCCGUCCGCAGCCAAGGAGAAUCUCAGUCCGAUAACAAACAGAUGGACAAUAUCACCAUCAGACAAGGAGAGACGCUCUUCCUCAGUUGCUCGCAAGGGGACUUUGUGACACACACAGCAUGGCUGAACAGAUCGAGUAUACUCUACGCCGGAGAGGAUAAGUGGUCUGUGGACCCGCGGGUGAGUCUGGUUACUCUGAGCCAGGAGGAGUUCACCAUUAAGAUCGAGGAUGUGGACGUGACAGACGAGGGCCAGUACAUCUGUGCGGUGCAGACCAGCAGCAGACCUCGAACCACAUCCGUGCACAUCAUCGUUCAAGUUCCUCCAAAGAUUGUGAACCUUUCGAGGGACCUUGUGGUGAAUGAAGGCUCCAAUGUCACUUUAAUGUGCCUGGCUAAUGGAAAACCAGAACCUGCCAUUGUCUGGAGGAUGAAAUCACCUUCAGAUGACAGCCUGAGCUCAGACAGCGAGGUUCUGGAUAUUCCCUUCAUCAGCCGCUAUCGGGCAGGAGUGUAUGAAUGCACCGCAGCCAAUGACAUAGCUGUGGACACACAGACGGUCGAGCUCACAGUCAACUAUGCUCCCAGUGUUUCAGAUGGCAGGGAUGUUGGCGUGACUCUGGGUCAGAGAGGUGUCCUGCAGUGUGAGGCAGAUGCUGUACCCGAGGCAGAUUUUGAGUGGUACAGAGAUGACAGAAGGAUCUUCAAUGGCUUAGAUGGCAUUGAGAUCGAGGCUGCCGGAGCACUUUCAAGGCUGACUUUCUUUAACGUGUCCGAGGCAGACUACGGAAAUUACACCUGCGUCGCCAUCAAUAAACUCGGGAGCGCCAACACCAGCUUCGUGCUAUACGAAAUAAUUGAGCCCACUAGUUCAACACUAUUGCAAGUGGAAACAUCACCUUCAGUUUUAGAAAUGACUUCAUCUGAUUUAGAGCAAACACCCCUUCAAAAUGAUUUGUGGGAAGGACCCGGAGCAGUUCAGGACGGCAACAGCGGCACGUCGACGGUUUUCAACCCCUUCUGUCUACUCAUCGCAAUCCUACAACUCCUGCUCAAGUUUUGAUGCCGAAGAGCUUUCAGUGAAUACAAAAAAAAGAGUUUGUGUGGCAUCAUGUUCAUCCUGGAGUCACGAAUCGUGCAUGGGUUACCAAAAAUGUGCAAAACAAAACGUGCAUCAGGAAACCCGAGCACUUCCUUUUAAUAAUCAUGCAUUUCUUUGGUUUAUAAUAGAGUUUAAUAAUGUAACAUUGCUAAUGAUCACUGUUUUUGCCCCACCGAAUGCAGUUUUGUAAGAAAAACGACAAGAGGCAUGUCUAAUUUUAAAAUACGUAAUUUAUUUUUAAACGUUUAUUAAUUUAACUCUGUAACCCAAUAUAUGAGUUCAUAUAGAGUGCAGUAUUUAUGAGGGAAUCAUUAUUUCAAAUCAAAGGCAUGUAGUAAGGAGGGGUGUAUGUGUGUGUGAGUUUAUUUUUUUAUUUUUUGGAUUGUUUCUGCAUAUUUUUAUGUAUCAUAAUUAUUCAACAAAUCAAAAUAAGCAGCAAAAAAUAUACAAAUGUUUUAGCUAUGUAAUAUUCAUGUUUUAAAUACUCAUUCAUUCUAUUUUAACACAUACAUAUCAAUUUGGUGCAUAUCUGUACAGUGUAUUUUAUUUUUUAUUAUAUUUUGAUGAUAGGAAUGGCACAGUUGGACUAUGCAGAAGCUCACACAAACAAAUUACUAAAUAAAAUUUGGGAGUCAUUUCUUAACAGUUUA